GGGGCCAUGGUCCAUAGAUGGGCAGGGUGCCUAGAGAGGCCACGCCCAUCGCCACGCCCCCUACACGUGGAUCCCUCCUCUUUGCCCGUCACUCAUUGCUACGUCACGCCCCUCAUUCGGUCCCGCCCCUCGCUGCUUGGCUCCGCCCCUCAUCCCGUCACUCAUUCCUGGGUCCCGCCUCCCCCCGCAUCGGUCCCGCCCCCGCAGCCCCCCGGGACCCCCGGGGCUACCCCACACUCCCGGGGGUCACACUGCGGCCGCCUCUUCUGUCGGCCUCGGAGGUCCCGGCUCACCGCCCCCGACGCUUCCUGCGGGGCCCCAGACGGCGGUGCGGGACGAAGCGGAAGGAGCGACCGGUGUUCCUGGGUAUCCUCCUCCUCGCCUUCGGCUUUUGGGUCCUCUUCGACCGGCAGAGCUUCGCUGCCAUGCUGGGAUCACCACUGGUCAGCCUGAGGGUCUGGUCCUAUGGCUUCUCUGGGGUCGGCAUCAUCACAAUGCUCCUGGGAUUCCUGGGGUGCCUAGGGGCCCUGAAGGAGGUGAAGGUCAUGCUGGGGCUGUAUUUUGGAAUCCUGCUGCUGCUCUUCGCCACUCAGAUCACGGUGGGCAUSAUCGUGUACAUGCAGCGUGCCACUCUGGCUACAAAGGUGGCCACCUACGUGGAGGAGUUGAUCUGGGAGUACCCAGUCCAAAGACCACCCGGGGACCCCCACGAGAGCUGGGAUGCUAUCCAGCAGCAGCUCGGCUGCUGUGGCUGGAAAGGACCCCAGGACUGGGACCAACACGAUGACUUCAUCAGCAACGAGGACACACACAGGGCUAUCCCCUGCUCCUGCCUCAGGGCACCCAACAGCACCCAACAGCACCCAUGGAUGCUCCCCCACGGCCGCUGCCCCACGGCUGCCCCACAGGACAUCUUCCCCAGGGGCUGCAAGGAGAAAGUCCAGAUCUGGCUGGCUGGAAACCUGGUCACCAUCGUGGGUGUUUGCAUAGGCAUCGGCCUGGGGGAGCUCUCCCUGCUGAUGAUGUCGAUGUUCCUGGUCCGGAACCUGGACACCCACUACGAGAAGCUGCUGCGAGGGCUCUGAGGGGGCCGGAGCGGG